AUGAAAACUCAAUACUCCUUAGUACGAAAAAUUUGGACACACCCUAUAACAGUAUUUUUGAUAUCCCAAUGGUUUUUUUUCUGGUUGGCUAUUUUGAUUAUUAUUGCAAGGUUCGCUCCAAAUUUUGCAAGGGACGGAGGGCUAAUCAGAGGUCAGUAUAGCAUUGGCUAUGGCUGUGUUGCAUGGAUAUUUCUGCAAAGUGGGCUGGGAAUGAAAUCCAGGUCAUUAAUGGCAAAUAUGUUAAACUGGAGGGCUCAUACCACUAUCCUGGUCCUUAGUUUUUUGAUUACUUCGUCGAUAGUAUAUGGAUUUUGUUGCGCUGUGAAGGCUGCUAAUGAUCCGAAAAUAGAUGAUUGGGUACUUAUUGGUCUAAUUUUAACUGCUACUUGUCCAACGACUGUGGCAUCAAAUGUUAUUAUGACCACGAAUGCCGGUGGAAAUGACCUUUUGUGUGUUUGUGAAGUAUUUAUUGGAAAUUUGCUAGGCGCCUUUAUCACACCUGCAUUAAGUCAAAUGUUCACUAACCGGCCACCAUUUCAGUACGGUAAUCCUGCUACUGGAAAUGGCAUUGGUGCACUUUAUGGCCGUGUUAUGAAACAGGUUGGUCUCUCGGUCUUCGUACCUUUGUUUGUUGGGCAGGUUAUCCAGAAUUGUUUUCCAAAGUAUACUUCAUACUACUUAGGUUUCUUGAAAAAAUAUCAUAUCAAAAUUGGAUCUUACAUGCUUUUAUUGAUUAUGUUUAGUUCAUUUUCGACAGCCUUUUACCAGGGUGCAUUUACAAGUGUCUCCCACGCUUGUAUCAUAUUUAUCUGCUUUUUCAAUUUGGGAAUUUACUUAUUCUUCACAGGGUUGUCGUACUUAUGUGCAAGGCCAUGGUUUAUUAUCAAGAUUUUUCCCCAUGAACCAAUAGAAGGCAAAUCUACAAAACUGUACCGUUAUUCUUAUAAGUUCUUCAGACCAUUUUAUUAUUCUAAGGAAGAUGCAAUUUGCAUUAUGUUUUGUGGCCCUGCCAAAACUGCUGCACUAGGUGUAUCACUAAUUACAUCACAAUACGGUGAUAAAAAAGAACACCUGGGUAAAUUAUUAGUUCCUUUGGUCUUAUAUCAAGUUGAGCAAGUGAUGACGGCGAAUUUCUUUGUAAGCUUGUUCAAGAGAUGGAUACGAAAGGAUGACCAGGCAGAUGGAAGCGACUCAUCUUGUACACAUGGAAAUGAAGAAGCCGAUUUGGAAAAAAACAUAUCAAUUGAAACAGAUGAACGUCAAACAGUUUCUACGAAUACCGCACCAUUUACCCAAGCAAGGUAG